AUGGGUUCGAUCUCUGCCACCCUGUGGGCGGCGGCGGUGCUGGCCGCGUCCAUCUUAUACGCCCUGGGCCUCGUUCUUCAUCGCCUCUACCUCAGCCCCCUCGCCAAAUUCCCAGGCCCCAAGCUGGCAGCUGCUACGCACUGGUAUCAGAGGUAUUUCGACCUUGUGGCCAAGCGGCACGGCGGCCAGUUUCUGUGGGAGAUCAAGCGUAUGCACGCGAAGUACGGCCCGAUUGUGCGCAUCACCCCUGACGAGCUGCACAUCGACGACCCGGAGUACUGGCACGAGGUGUAUUGCAACAGCACCUCGGCCGCGCCCAUAGACAAGCAGGAAAAGCUGAGGUACCGCUUUGGCGUCCCCGAUGCCAUCUUCAGCACCCCGGCGGGCGAGCAGCACCGCCAGCGACGCCAGGCCAUGGCCGUCUUCUUCUCCAAGCAACGCCUGCGCGCGGCCAACAGCCGGCUCAGCAGUCUCGUCGAGCACAUCUCCCAGCGCCUGUCGACCGAAUAUGCCGGCACCGGCCGUGUGCUCAACGUUGGCGACAUGUUCUCGUGCCUGGCCGUGGACAUCGUCACGGAACUGGCCUUUCACCGUUGCACCAACUGCUCGGUCGCCCCCGAUUUCAAGGCUCCCCUGGUAGGCGUCACUGCCAAUACGCUCUGGUGGAUAGACUGGCUGCCAACCGGCGUAGUCACGGCCCUGAUCCCGCUGUACAAGCCCAUCUUGGAGCUCCGAGACAGCAUCACUCAGCAGGUUGGCGAGAUUCUCUCGGGUCUGGACAAGAGCGUGAAAGGUGCCGACUCCGUCAUCUUCAACGACAUCCUGUCAUCGAAUCUGCCACCCCACGAGCUCUCUUUCGAUCGUCUGACCCAAGAAGCCAUCGCCUUGACUACUGCGGGAAUGGAGACUGUGAAAUCCACCAUGACGCUGGCUGUGUUCCACGUCCUGAAUCAACCAGCGCUGCAAGCCCGUCUUGAAACCGAGCUCGCCGAGGCCAUGCCGGACCCUAACGUGAUACUCCCCUGGGUUGAGCUAGAAAAGCUUCCGUACCUGACAGCCGUGAUUUACGAAAGCCUGCGACUUGCCUACGGGUCAGUCCAACGCAGCCCACGAAUUAACCGCCUCCACGCCUGGCAAUACGGCGACUGGGUGAUCCCGCCCGGCACCGCAGUUGGCAUGGACUCGUACCAUAUGCACUCCAACGCAGACAUCUUCCCCGAACCAUUCUCCUUCCGGCCGGAGCGGUGGCUCAACGAUCCCAAGGGGCCAGACGGGCGUCAGCCUCUGACGAACUACCUUACUGCUUUUGGCGCGGGCUCGCGCAUUUGCAUCGCCAUGCACCUGGCCUAUAUGGAGCUGUAUGUAACUCUGGCUACCGUGUUUCGUCGCCACCGCUUUCAGUUGUUCGAGACGGAUCAGAGCGAUGUUGAGUUUGCGCUUGAGAUGCUGGCGCCGAUGCCGCACUGGGAGAGCAGGGGUGUCAGGGUGACGGUUGACAAGUGA